CAGACAGAGCCCACAAUAAAGUUCCAAUCCGCGUAGAUACAGCGGUUGAGUGAACCGAGCUAAUUAAUCAACCACAAAUACAACAGAAUUGUUGGCCGUUAUACAUUCACAAUUUCUUCAGUUAUUGCGAUAAUAAUCCAUUGACUUUACAAAACGGGCACCUAGUACUUUAGCUCGAAAUACUUUAAUAGGCUACGUGGUUAUUUUGGUAUAUCAAUGCGUAUGACCGUGUAUCUUUUAGUGAUAUCGUCGUCAGCUUUGCCUCCUAAUUUCCUCACACACUUCGUGUGGAGGUUAUUUUACGGCCUCAAGCCCCCCUCGUCUUAGCGACGUAGUUGCUGUUUUCUGUUUAUGUGCUCUGAAUCGAUGAGUGGCGUCACCGGGGGUACUAUUAUGACGACUGCCCUAUUAAGAAUGACAGCUCGAGAGAAGAGGGCAACGGUGAUCCCUCCCAGAGCUCGCGCUGCACACUGGAGCGCUCCCACAGCAGGGUCAGCACGUCGCCUCUCGCGCUCCGCUUCGUCGUGCGCUCCCGCUGAAAACUGCUCGCCCUUUCCCGCACUUGGCGCUCGCUCCGCGUCCAUAAUGGAAAACAGGAAGGAGAUGGUGAUGUUCAUAGAGGGAGGUCAACUUGGCACGCUGGUUGGCAAGAUAGGCGCCAAUUUGUCAGAAGCAGUCGGGAGCCCUGUUCAGGAACCGCAGGAGAAGAUGAUCCACAAAAACUGCGGGAGCCCCAGGUCGGCGCCUCUAUCACGAGACAGAGCGGACGGGGAGGUGGAGGACGCGCGCAGCGGCGCCUGCAGCAAUAUAAGCCCGGGCGGCGUUCCCUCGGCUGCGGGGAGAGCUCGGUCAGAACUCCGCAACAAAGAGCACAGCAGCUCCGACACGGAGUCCGAUUUCUACGAAGAAAUUGAUGUCAGCUGCACGCCAGAAAGCAUGGAGUACCCCAACGGAAAGGGUCGCUCUGGGGAUUCUCCCGGCCACGGUAAUGACUGCGGGGUGGAGUCGGGAAAGAUGAGCGCGGCUCAGGGCUCGCUCUCCUACGGUGCGGACCAGAUGCGCCGGUACCGGACGGCCUUCACGCGGGAGCAGAUAGCCCGCCUGGAGAAGGAAUUCUACCGGGAGAAUUACGUCUCCAGACCCAGGAGAUGCGAGCUGGCGGCCGCUCUAAAUUUACCAGAAACAACAAUCAAGGUGUGGUUCCAGAACAGGCGGAUGAAGGACAAGCGGCAGCGGCUGGCGAUGACGUGGCCCCACCCCGCAGACCCCGCCUUCUACACCUACAUGAUGAGCCACGCGGCGGCGGCGGCGGCAGGGGGGGGUAACCUGCCCUACCCCUUCCCCUCCCACCUGCCCCUGCCCUACUACUCCCACCUGGGCAUGGGGGGCAGCACCGCCUCGCCCGCCCCCUUCAGCGGGCCCCUCCGGCCCCUCGACACCUUCCGGGUGCUGUCCCACCCCUACCCCCGUCCCGAGCUGCUCUGCGCCUUCCGGCACCCCUCCCUGUACCCGGGGCACGGCCUGGCGGCCGGGGGGGCGCCCUGCUCCUGCCUGGCCUGCCACGGGGCGGGGCAGCCCAACGGCCUGCCCCACAGGCCGCCCGCCUCGGACUUCGGAGGCCCCGCCUCCAGCAGGACUGAGGCCUUCCUGACCUUCAGCCCCGCCGUGCUGAGCAAGCCCUCCCCUGUCACCUUGGACCAGAGAGAGGAAGUACCUUUAACCAGAUAAAAGGGGCUGCUGUGGCCCCCGGGGCAGCCAGGACCGCGCAUCGGGCUGUGCCCGCACUGCUCAAACGGGACUCGGUUACACGCAUGAGGGAGGCGCUGAAACGGAACGAGCGCGAAAUACAGCGGGAACUGCGCGAGACGGACACCUGCCAGAGCGCAGGACUGGAGCCGGGACUCGAAAUUCUCCGGUUCUAUAAGCUAAUGCGGCACCUGCCAGCGGAUAAUAAUAUUUAUAGAUCUACGAAGACGAAAACAGAAUUCGCAGUGAACUGUAGAGAUUUCGCGAAAAUCGUCCUGGCUAAAAAAACAAAUGAAAAAAAACAUUGGAGGAAAAGCAAAAUUAAGCCCAAAUCUUGAAGCUAUAAUCUUUUACCGAUCGGACUGGACUGAAAAGAGCGGACAGACGUUUAUCGACGUGAUGGAUGAUGUUAACGCUUUAUCAUUAUUUGUAGUUUCUUCACAUGUCCAAAUUGGCCUAGAUAUAUUGUUAGUUACAUUAAAAUGAUGUUUUUCUUCUGUCUUUUUAACAAGGGAAUUUGUUAACAGACUGAGGAAGCUCAUUAUUUCUCCUCCAAAGCCCCUGUCCCGGUACACGCUGCUGAAAUGUGCAGAUGCUGGUAAAAUUAGCGAGUGAUGUAUAUGUAAGGAGGAAUUUUGAAUGUUGAAUUAAUGAUAAUACUGUGCGCGUGGAGACUUCCUGCCAAACGGUAACAAGGCGCCAUGGGAACGGAUUAGCUGACGGGAGCGCGAGAUCUAUUGGACAAUCACACGCAGCAAAUUGGGGCAAACGCGAGCUGCCUGUCUUCUCGCGCCUUCGGCAGAACAGGCCCAAAAACUCCCCUUCACCGCCUACUGUUUAUGAGGAAAACUAAUAAUGAUGGAUGACUUAAGCCUUAUAUUUAUUAUUAAAAAUAAGAAAAAAAAAGGAUUUCUUUUGAAGUCCUUCAUUUCCUUAUCUUUUGCUUUCUUCAAAAGUGCUUUGUUCCAUUUGAAAAUUCGUUAAUUAUGAGAAAACUGCAUUUUCCAUCUUCGGCAAACCGUUGCAAAACUCACAGGAGACAGAAACUAUUUAGUGCAUCUUAGAUCAAUGUUUACUGAACUUCACCUUGUGGAAUUGUUCAAAUCUGUUAACAUUUUGCA